CGAAGCUUCAGGGCUGAUUUUCGGUCACGUGUCUCUUAAAGCCCCUCGUUUCUCUCUCUUGUUGAAGACAAAGUCUCAAAAGAACCCGUCAACAUGCCGAAGGUUGUGAAACAGGAAGGAGAGGAUCCCGAUCCAACCCCAUAUCUGUUCGUGUCACUCGAGCAGAAGCGUAUCGAUCAGACGAAACCCUACGAUUCGAAGAAAAAUUGCUGGGUGCCCGAUGAGAAGGACGGAUAUCUCUUGGGUGAGAUCAAGGCUACUAAGGGUGACCUGGUCACCGUUGGCUUGCCCGGUGGAGAGACAAAAGAUUUCAAGAAAGACGCACUCCAACAAGUCAAUCCACCCAAGUAUGAAAAAGCUGAGGAUAUGUCCAACUUGACAUACCUCAAUGACGCCUCUGUGCUUCAUAACUUGAAGCAGAGAUACUACAAUCAGCUCAUCUACACCUACUCCGGUCUUUUCUGCGUCGCCAUCAAUCCUUACAAGCGUUUCCCCGUGUACACAAAUCGCUGCGCGAAGAUGUACCGUGGCAAGCGCCGUAAUGAGGUGCCACCCCAUAUCUUCGCCAUCUCUGACGGUGCCUACGUGGACAUGUUGACGAACCACCAGAAUCAGUCUAUGUUGAUCACCGGUGAGUCCGGAGCCGGAAAGACAGAGAACACGAAGAAGGUAAUUGCCUACUUCGCCACUGUCGGUGCUAGUGGAAAGAAGGAGGAGAGCUCCAAGAAGGGCACCCUUGAGGAUCAGGUUGUGCAGACCAAUCCCGUCCUGGAAGCUUUCGGUAACGCCAAGACUGUGCGUAAUGACAACUCUUCUCGUUUCGGUAAAUUCAUCCGUAUUCACUUCGGUCCUACUGGCAAACUGGCUGGUGCUGAUAUCGAGACUUACCUGUUGGAGAAAGCUCGUGUCAUCUCUCAGCAGUCUCUCGAGCGGUCCUACCACAUUUUCUACCAAAUGAUGUCUGGAUCCGUUGAUGGGCUCAAAGACGUGUGUUUGUUGUCAAACGACAUUUACGACUAUCACAUAGUCUCUCAGGGAAAAACUACCAUCCCAAGUGUCGAUGACUCUGAGGAAAUGUGUAUUACCGACCAAGCUUUCGAUGUGCUGGGCUUCACACAGGAGGAGAAGGACAACGUGUACAAGAUCACCGCUGCUGUCAUGCACAUGGGUGGCAUGAAGUUCAAGCAGAGGGGUCGCGAGGAGCAGGCCGAGGCCGAUGGCGUCGAGGAGGGUGAGCGCGUGGCCAAGUUGUUGGGCGUGGAUUGCCAGGACUUGUACAAGAACUUGCUGAAGCCCAAGAUCAAGGUCGGCAACGAGUUCGUGACCCAGGGUCGUAACAAGGAUCAGGUCACCAACUCCGUGGGUGCCCUCUGCAAGGGUAUCUUCGAUCGUCUGUUCAAGUGGCUCGUGAAGAAGUGUAACGAGACUCUGGACACCCAGCAGAAGCGUCAGCACUUCAUUGGUGUGCUGGAUAUUGCUGGUUUCGAGAUUUUCGACUACAACGGUUUUGAGCAACUUUGCAUCAACUUUACGAAUGAAAAGUUGCAACAGUUCUUCAACCAUCACAUGUUUGUUCUCGAACAAGAAGAAUACAAACAGGAGGGAAUUCAAUGGACCUUCAUUGAUUUCGGAAUGGAUCUCUUGGCUUGUAUUGAACUGAUUGAGAAGCCUAUGGGUAUCUUGUCCAUUCUUGAGGAAGAAUCUAUGUUCCCCAAGGCCACCGAUCAGACCUUCGCUGAGAAGCUGAACAACAACCACUUGGGCAAGUCUGCUCCAUUCCAGAAGCCCAAGCCACCAAAGCCCGGCUGCCAGGCCGCCCACUUCGCCAUUGGCCAUUACGCCGGCUGCGUGCCAUACAACAUCACUGGCUGGCUUGAGAAGAACAAGGAUCCCCUUAACGACACUGUCGUCGAUCAGCUGAAGAAGUCCUCCAACAAGCUGCUGAUUGAGAUCUUCGCCGACCAUCCUGGACAGUCUGGUGGCGGUGAACAGGCCAAGGGCGGUCGUGGCAAGAAGGGCGGUGGCUUCGCCACUGUGUCCUCCUCCUACAAGGAGCAGCUGAACAACCUGAUGACCACUCUGCGCUCCACCCAGCCUCACUUCGUCCGUUGCAUCAUUCCCAACGAGAUGAAGCAGCCUGGUGUCAUUGACUCCCACUUGGUGAUGCAUCAGCUCACCUGUAACGGUGUGCUUGAAGGUAUCCGUAUCUGCCGUAAAGGUUUCCCCAACAGGAUGGUGUACCCUGACUUCAAGCUCCGAUACAAAAUCAUUAACCCGAAAGGAGUUGAAAGCACGCCAGAUAUUAAAAAGGCCGCCGCUGCCAUUUUGGACAACACUGGUUUUGAUCCUGAUCUUUACCGAUUGGGAAAUACGAAGGUGUUCUUCCGUGCUGGUGUCCUGGGUCAGAUGGAGGAGUUGCGUGAUGAGCGCCUCAGCAAGAUCAUGACCUGGCUGCAGUCCUGGAUCCGUGGUUAUCUGUCGCGCAAGGAGUUCCAGAAGCUGCAGGAGCAGCGUCUGGCCCUGCAAGUCGUGCAGCGCAACUUGCGCAAGUACUUGCAGCUGCGCACAUGGCCAUGGUACAAGCUCUGGCAGAAAGUCAAGCCUCUUCUCAAUGUUACGCGCAUUGAAGAUGAAAUUGCGAAACUUGAGGAGAAGGCCAAGAAAGCUGAGGAAGCAUUUGCCAAGGAGGAGAAGCUGAGGAAGGAGCUGGAGACGCUCAACUCCAAGCUGUUGGCCGAGAAGACCGCCCUUCUGGACUCUCUGUCCGGCGAGAAGGGACAACUCUCCGAAUUCCAGGAGAAGUGCGCCAAGCUCACGGCCCAGAAGAACGACUUGGACAACCAAUUGCGCGACACACAAGAGCGCCUGUCGCAAGAAGAGGAUGCCCGCAAUCAACUGUUCCAGGGCAAGAAGAAGUUGGAGCAGGAGCUGUCCGGGCUGAAGAAGGACAUUGAGGAUAUGGAGCUGAACAUCCAGAAGGGUGAUCAGGACAAGGCCACCAAGGAUCACCAGAUCCGCAACUUGAACGACGAGAUCGCCCACCAGGAUGAGCUCAUCAACAAGUUGAACAAGGAGAAGAAGAUGCAGGGCGAGACCAACCAGAAGACUGCUGAGGAGCUCCAGGCUGCUGAGGACAAGAUCAACCAUCUCAACAAGGUGAAGGCCAAGCUGGAGCAGACCCUCGAUGAGCUCGAGGAUUCGCUGGAGCGCGAGAAGAAGGUGCGCGGCGAUGUGGAGAAGAGCAAGAGGAAGGUUGAGGGCGACUUGAAGCUCACCCAGGAGGCUGUGGCCGAUCUGGAGCGCAACAAGAAGGAACUCGAGCAGACCAUCCAGCGCAAGGACAAGGAGAUCUCUUCCCUCACCGCCAAGUUGGAGGACGAGCAGUCUGUGGUGAACAAGCUGCAGAAGCAGAUCAAGGAGCUGCAGUCCCGCAUCGAGGAGCUCGAGGAGGAGGUCGAGGCCGAGCGUCAGGCUCGCGCCAAGGCUGAGAAGCAGCGCGCCGAUCUGGCCCGCGAGCUUGAGGAGUUGGGCGAGCGUCUGGAGGAGGCUGGCGGUGCCACGUCUGCCCAGAUUGAGCUCAACAAGAAGCGCGAGGCCGAGCUGGCUAAGCUGAGACGCGAUCUGGAGGAGGCCAACAUUCAGCACGAGAGCACCCUUGCCAAUCUGCGCAAGAAGCACAACGAUGCCGUGGCUGAGAUGGCUGAACAGGUUGACCAACUGAACAAACUCAAGGCCAAGGCUGAGAAGGAGAAGGCUCAGUACUUCAGUGAAGUGAACGAACUCAGACACAGUGUUGAUCAUUUGUCCAAUGAGAAGGCCGCCCAAGAGAAGAUCGCCAAGCAGUUGCAGCACACUCUCAAUGAGGUGCAGGGCAAGCUGGACGAGACCAACCGCACUCUGAAUGACUUCGAUGCCGCCAAGAAGAAGCUGUCCAUUGAGAACUCUGACCUGCUCCGUCAGCUGGAGGAGGCCGAAUCUCAGGUGUCGCAGCUGUCCAAGAUCAAGAUCUCCCUGACCACGCAGCUCGAGGACACGAAGCGUCUCGCCGACGAGGAGAGCCGCGAGCGUGCCACGCUGCUGGGCAAGUUCCGCAACCUGGAGCACGAUCUGGACAAUCUGCGCGAGCAGGUGGAGGAGGAGGCCGAGGGCAAGGCCGAUCUGCAGCGCCAGCUCAGCAAGGCCAACGCCGAAUCCCAGCUGUGGCGCUCCAAGUACGAGUCCGAUGGCGUGGCUCGCUCUGAGGAGCUCGAGGAGGCCAAGAGGAAGCUGCAGGCCCGCCUGGCUGAGGCUGAGGAGACCAUCGAGUCCCUGAACCAGAAGGUCGUGGCUCUGGAGAAGACCAAGCAGCGCCUCGCCACCGAGGUUGAGGAUCUGCAGCUCGAGGUCGACCGUGCCAACGCGAUCGCCAGCGCUGCUGAGAAGAAGCAGAAGGCCUUCGACAAGAUCAUUGGCGAAUGGAAGCUGAAGGUUGACGAUCUGGCCGCUGAGUUGGACGCUUCCCAGAAGGAGUGCCGCAACUACUCCACCGAACUGUUCCGUCUCAAGGGUGCCUACGAGGAGGGCCAGGAGCAGCUCGAGGCUGUGCGCCGUGAGAACAAGAAUCUCGCCGAUGAGGUCAAGGAUCUGCUGGACCAGAUCGGUGAGGGUGGACGCAACAUCCACGAGAUCGAGAAGGCACGCAAGCGUCUCGAGGCUGAGAAGGACGAGCUCCAGGCUGCCCUUGAGGAGGCUGAGGCCGCCCUUGAGCAGGAGGAGAACAAGGUGCUCAGGGCUCAGCUGGAGCUGUCCCAGGUGCGCCAGGAGAUCGACCGCCGCAUCCAGGAGAAGGAGGAGGAAUUCGAGAACACCCGCAAGAACCACCAGCGCGCUCUCGACUCCAUGCAGGCUUCCCUCGAGGCUGAGGCCAAGGGCAAGGCUGAGGCGCUCCGCAUGAAGAAGAAGCUGGAGGCUGACAUCAACGAACUGGAAAUUGCUCUGGACCAUGCUAACAAGGCCAACGCUGAAGCCCAGAAGAACAUCAAGAGAUACCAGCAACAGCUUAAGGAUGUCCAGACCGCCCUGGAGGAGGAGCAGCGCGCCCGCGACGAUGCCCGCGAACAGUUGGGCAUCUCUGAGCGCCGCGCCAAUGCCCUGCAGAACGAACUUGAGGAGUCGCGCACGCUCCUGGAACAGGCCGACCGUGGCCGUCGCCAGGCUGAGCAGGAGUUGGGCGAUGCCCACGAGCAGCUCAAUGAGCUGUCCGCCCAGAAUGCCUCCGUGUCGGCUGCCAAGAGGAAACUCGAGUCUGAGCUGCAGACGCUGCACUCUGAUCUCGAUGAGCUGCUGAACGAGGCCAAGAACAGCGAGGAGAAGGCCAAGAAGGCAAUGGUUGACGCCGCCCGUCUGGCUGAUGAGCUGCGCGCUGAGCAGGACCAUGCCCAGACGCAGGAGAAGCUGCGAAAGGCGCUGGAGACGCAGAUCAAGGAGCUGCAGGUGCGCCUGGACGAGGCCGAGGCGAACGCACUGAAGGGUGGCAAGAAGGCCAUUCAGAAGUUGGAGCAGCGCGUGCGCGAGCUGGAGAAUGAGCUGGAUGGUGAGCAGAGGCGACAUGCCGAUGCCCAGAAGAACCUCCGCAAGAGCGAGCGUCGCAUCAAGGAGCUGACGUUCCAGUCUGAGGAGGACCGCAAGAACCACGAGCGCAUGCAGGAUCUGGUUGACAAGCUGCAGCAGAAGAUCAAGACGUACAAGAGGCAGAUUGAGGAGGCCGAAGAGAUUGCCGCGCUCAACUUGGCCAAAUUCCGCAAAGCACAGCAGGAACUCGAGGAGGCGGAGGAGCGCGCCGACCUCGCCGAGCAGGCCAUCAACAAAUUCCGUACGAAAGGUGGACGUGCCGGAUCUGUUGGCCGAGGAGCAAGCCCCGCGCCGUCAACUAAGGGUCGUGCCCACUUGCUGGAGCAAUAAAAAAUAUUCGCAAAAAAUUGUUGAGAGACAAUGAAUUUCCCCGAGCAUCAGCACGACCUUUCGACGGACUGGCUUUCCCACCUAGAUUCGACCUUGCUCCAGAAAAUGACUUCUAAAACCAUCAGAACGUAACAAAAAAGAAAAACUGCGGAAUUAAAAAAAUCUCUUAUUCUUAACUAUUUUUAUUUAUUUAAAUGACGAGAAAUGAAAUGUAAAACACGGAGGAUGACAACGAGGAUCUUUAAGGAGAUUGUAUGAAGAGAGGAAGAAGAAAAAAAAACAUGCACAAGAGACACAAAAGCAAUGGACAUAAAACAAAACCAUUAAAAAAAACUACUUUUUCUUUUUCUUUUUUUUGUAAAGUGCCAAUUUCUGUUUUGUAAAAGGCAAAAAAAAAUCUUUUUUAAGUUUAAAAGAAAAAAAAUACUACUUAUAAAAUAUAUUUUCUGUCCGGAAAAUUAUGCAGUGAAAAAAUGUGUUGAAAAAAAUGAGAGAAAAAAAAGAAAAUAUUGUAAGGAGGGAAUUUUGUUAAGCCGAUUUCUCAGCACCGCGGCCGCGAAGCCAAUUGAGUGUGUUUUUUGGGGCCACAAGUGACCUGCCCGGAAAGAAGACCAACAACAACAACGCCGAUGAAGAAAACACGCACGAGAGAAGAGAUGCCGAAAAAAAACAAUAAGAGACACGUGAAAAUGGCACGGAAAUCGAAGAAAAUGGCCACUGGAGGGCGACGAAAAACCGUCAAAUGGCCGAAGGAGGGGUGCUGAAGAGGAGGAGGAGGAGAAAUUUAAGAGAGAGAAGGAAUUAACAUUGUUUAAAAGUGUAUUUAAUUUAUAAUACAUUAUACAUUAUGAAUACAGUG